UCUUGUUUGUAACUCUCCUACGUAAGUGGUAGAGUUUCUAUCGAGGGGGUACCCGAUUACCCUUUUCCGAGCUUUAUACUGGGAACCUCUCCCCUCUCUACCCAGGCGCUAUAGCGUUAGCUUUAUCGCCUGUUUCUUGAAAACGUAAGCCACGGUCUUUCCAACUGGGCAGAAAUGAGCAUCGAAACGCUUCUGGAGGCAGCCAAGUUUUUGGAAUUGCAAGCCCAACAACAGAAAGCACGUGAGGAGGAACUGAGGGAGAAGCAACGUUUGGAGCAGCUAGCAGAACAGAGGCGUUCUGAUGUGAACCAUAAUGUUGUCAACACAACCAAUGUUUCCAAAGCAGAUGAGCUCCGCGCUGAGUGCCGCCCAGCACCCAUACUGCCCUCUCUGCCUCCCCCCUCCAUGCCCAUCACAGUCAUCCCCAUCCCUGUGGUCACCCCCAACCCUACAGGCUCACCAAACCUGCCUAUUGCUACGCUCUCCCCUCCAGCCGCUCCGACUCCUGCUGCCACUCUGCCACGCUCUCCACAACCCAAACCCGACCACCCGCCCUUGGUGCUGACCAACAACCACAAGCCUCUGAUACAGAACCACCAGCAUCAGCCGCCGAUCAUUGCCCUGACCAACAACAGUAAACCACAGCAGCAGACACACCAGCAGCUGGUCCAGCGUUACCCUGGCUCCAUUGUGUCGUCUCCCCAGCAGCACACUUUACUUCCCCAGCCAGGCCCUGUGCUCCAGCAGGCCCCUCAACAGAACGGCCCCAUCAGCCGGGGGAGUCCUACUGAUGAUGGCCGCCAGCUAGACAAUAAGAAGAGGCCUGGAGGGGCAGGCACAAGAGAGGUGCAUAACAAGCUUGAGAAAAACAGACGAGCACAUUUAAAGGAGUGCUUCGAGACGCUGAAGAAGAACAUCCCCAACAUAGAUGAGAAAAAGACCUCCAAUCUCUGUGUGCUGAGGAGCGCGCUGAGAUAUAUUCAGACGUUAAAGCGAAAAGAGAAGGAGUACGAGCAUGACAUGGAGCGACUGGCCAGAGAAAAGAUCGCCACUCAGCAGCGAUUAGCAGAGCUGAAGAACGAGCUGAGCCAGUGGAUGGAUGUGAUUGAGAUUGACCGAGUGCUUCGACAGACAGUACAGCCUGAGGAGGACCAGGCCUCCACCUCCACUGCCUCAGAGGGUGAAGACAUUAUGGACGAUGACCUGGAAGAUGAGACUCCACCCAGAGCACAGACUGCCUUACCCGCCGUGCCUCAAAAUAUGAAACCAGAGCUGCACAAGUCUGCAACACCCAUUCAGACCCCAGCCCCAACACCCACCACCACCACCUCUACCUCCUUCAUCGCUCAACACAUCUCCAUCCAGCAUAAACCCCCUGUGCACCAACCAGUGCUCCAGCCGCUGCCCAUGACUUCUCCGCAGCCAGUGUCAAAGCCUGCAGCCCCCCAGACACUCACAACCACAACAUCAAGCAACCCCACUACCCCAACCCAGCCCUCGAUCCCCACCCAGACUCAGAUGGUGACCAUGUCUAGCAUGCACCCCACAGUUAUUGCCCACGCUUCAGUGUCACACCCUUCGGUCAUCCAGGCUGUAAACCACGUCAUCCAGGGAGGAGCUCCAAAACAUAUCACUCACUUGGCUCCCUCUACCACCACUAGCUCUGUUCAGUUAGCUCCCACUCACCAACCCAUCGGCCACAUCACCGUACACCCGGUGGCUCAUCUGAGCCAGCAUCUACCUGCUCUCUAUCCCCAGUCGGUCGCUGUCACACAACCAACUGUAGUUGGUCACAUCGCCCACACCCUAAACCAUGCCCACCCUCAGGUAAAUGGCUCCGCACCAAGCCAAACAACCACAGCCAUCGUCAGCAAGCAGACCCAAAUGGUUACCCACCACCCGCAGCUUGUGGGUCAGACGGUGCUCAAUCCCGUGACAAUGGUGGCCAUGCCCCCGUUUCCCAUCAGUACCCUGAAACUGGCCUGAACACUGCCAACUGGACCACUGGGCUAGAAGGAGGAGAUGCUCCACGACAGGGCAGACCCAUGGGCCUCAGACUAGGCCAGACAAGGCCACAUGAGGGCAGAAGAGUUGCAGGGCACCUCGCUGUUCAGCAACAGAGAUUCACUUUCUUUCAGAGAUUAAAGAGCUGAUAUAAAGACAGGAACAAGAUCAAAUUCAGCCCUCUUUCAGUACUAGUCUGCCAUAGCAUCUGCAAAUCUUGAUCCUGAGUUAAAGAUAUGCCAGGUCGCUUGAGGUUGAAAGUCAUCAUGUUGAAUAUAAGGGGAAGGGGGGUUUGCAGGUUUAGAUCCCCCCCAACAUGGUAUUCAUUGUUGCAGAUUAAGGAGCAGAGGUUUGCUUCACAUGAUAGCACUCUGUUACAGAGUUUAAAUUGUCCUGGCUGAUGGCUAGACUUCCCACUAUCAGAGUGGCUGUUGUGGAUUAACCAACAGUACAUCUUGUACUCGAGAGGCUACGUCGGGUUUUGAGGGCUGUGGCAGUGUGGAUUCAGAGUGCUUGACCCGCCAUAACCAGCAGCACAUUGGGAAUGUGAUUUAGAGGAGCUCCCCCUCUCUAGAGGAGGCACAUGCUACAGGGUUUGAGUUAAACUGUGGACUGAACUCGCAGCUCCUGAACUGGAGCUGCAGUCCUUCAGAGUGCUGCAUACAGCAAUGGCUCCCUCUGCUGGCUGUUGUGUUCAAUUUGACACAGCUGUCCCUUAACUAAGAAAGAAGUCAUGGAUAAUACUAAUUGGCAUAUUGGAGCAACAAUAAUCUGAAAAUAGUUUUUAAAAAUUGUAAGAGGUUUUAUUACAACUUAAUGAAAGUCAAAUUUCUGUCGGUAUUUCCCGUACUCAUACUUGUGAGUGUAUAUUGUUCACAACAAAUCCAGUUGGAUUAUCUCACAGAUGCUCAUAGAUUUUAAAUACCUGCCAAAAAGGCAGUUCUUUUCCAUCAACGUAUCCCUGAAAUGUAAACAUGGUGACAGACAGAUUGGGUGAUUACAUUCUUAGAAAACAAACAAACAAACAAACAAAAAAACAACAACUUAAAUGCGCAUUAAGAUGACAUUUGAAUGUGAUUGAAUGAAAAGGUCCAUAAAACAUAGCAGGAUGUGUUCAGUGCAGUCUUGCAGGGAAACAGUAGUAGGAUGAGUAUUUGCAUGUUGGUAAUGCAUUAAGAAUGCAGCAGUUUUGUCAGUCUGUGGCAAGUGGAUAAAUGAUUUAUUGGUCCUGUCAACCAUCACUUUUGAUUUAUAUCCAUUUAUUUUGAUAUGCAAAAUAAAAACAAUCUGCUUUUUUUCUAAGACUAUAAAUUUCCAAAGUUAGCACUGUGAUCAUUUCUGUGAGUUAAUGAGCAGUAAAUCUUCAGUUCAGCAUAGCACUUGUUGGUGCACCAACAUGCUGUGUUCUCCUGAUUUAUUCUGAAUGUACUGACCUGUGAAAGGAUAUGGAGUAGCAUACUCAUCAGAUGUUAAGCCCUUUUGCUUAUACUUUAUAUUACGUGUAUGUAAAGUGAAACAUGUAAAUGUGAUUUUGUAUUUUAUGGUAUAUUGUUGCUUGAUUCAUUUUAGGAGUAAUUUCUCUUUGGUUUAAACUUGAUAGUCAAAUUAUGUUUUGUUUUUUUAACCCCCUCCUGGGACCAUAAAGCGUAAUGCUGUUUCUCAUAAUGACUAAAUUGAUCCCAUGUUUGUAAAACAUUUGGCCAUUUCCAAGUAUUUACUCAUUUUGAUGCAACAUAACCGCACUGGAAAUUUCCCCCCAGAACUUUAAGAUUAAAAAACCCACAUUAAAAUUUAAGGCGACUUAUCCUGAACAAUUUGAUUUUGAAAUCCUAUUGGAGCUAAACAAAGUGUGUAAAAAUAAUAGGGAUUUAGAUACUUGAAAAAGCAACAAUAUACUGGUAUGUUUUCCCUAUGGAGAAAGUUUAAGUUGUAUAUAGCCUGUAAAUGUUGGGCUGCAUUUAGAUCUAUUACUGUAUUAUGUUAAAAGCUUGGGGACAUAUGUAAAAAAUGAAAAUUUUAUUAAAAAGAUACUUAAUAAAUUG